CAUAAAUUGCACUGAAGAAUGAACGAACCAGACGAACCAGAUUCAUUUAGUAACCACUGUGAGAGUGCCUGAUCCAUUACAACCGCUCCAAUAUAUGAAUCAGGUUAUCAAGAAGGCGACAAGGAUCGGGGCCGGAAGGCUUGGGAUUGCACCUUUCGCCGCUUUUGAGCUUUUCCGGAUGGACAUAGGCGACGCAGAGGAGAUCCUCAGUCUACUCGAUGCGUGCAUUUCGAUCAUCAAAUGGCGGCUUAGGCCUUCUGCAAAGCGCCGCCUAGAAACUGAUGUCCUUGCUCUGUGCACUCGACUGAGAGCCGUGGUGAUGGUUGAUUAUGGCGGGAAGAUGCCGGAGCUGCAAGAUCAUCUCUGUGCUCUAAUGAGUUCUAUGCGCAAGGAGUCUGCCUUGCUACUUCCGUUGAGAAUAAUGGUAAUAGAAGAUAUGAUUUACAUGGUUCAUGUUGAAGGAAUUGCUGAGUUGUCAAAUCUGAGCUUGGAACAACAACUGCAUUUUGUAGACCUUGAAGUUGAUCCUCAUCAGUUGCUUUUGCAAACAAAUCAGACACCGUCCAUGUCUGAAUUUGUGUCAGUUCAAAAGUUAUUUUCGUCCAUAUUUCCAUGUGAUGCUGUUGUUGAUACCACACAUGAAGCUACACCCCUAUCUGUUAAUCCAAGGGUAGAAGUGUCGGAAUACAAUAAUAAUAUUGUUUCCAUUGCUGAGACCUCUACUUCUCAACCAUGUGGGAUAUUUGAUCUGACCAGUUUUCUAAAAGACACACAGAUUACCAUACCAGGGCUGAAUGGGUGGCUUCUCGGUUAUCCUGUAGUUUAUUUGUUCAGGAAAGAGCACGCUGCUGAUGCUGUGUAUAAUCUCUCUACGAAGUGUCUCCAUAUCUUCAAGAUAGUUAUUUGCCGACGUCAGACACCUAGCAGAAAAUCUCACGAAGAAGAGCUACUGAGUUUCUCUGUACCAUAUGAACUAAGCUGCAACCGGGACAAAGAAAUAUGGGCUAAAGCAUUCUUCGCUCAUUUACUGGCUAAGUUUGAGACUUGCAAGCAGGUUUGGUCCAGCAUUCGCUUAGAGGUCACUGAAUGCUUUCCUCAAGCAAUUGUUCUGUAAUUUGUAAGCCUAUAAUUGCAUGAAUUUUGCUAUAACACUCAAAAUCUUACUAGUAUUUUUAUUAAAUUUAAUGCAAGUAGUUCAAUAAAA